AUGAGGGCCAGAUAUAAGGGUCCGGGAGGCACAGGCGUUGUCUCCCUCGAGGACACUGCCACGGUCCAAGACCUCUUCAAUGAGAUCAAGGACAAGACGGGCAUCGCCGAAUUCAGUCUCAAGUACGGCUGGCCUCUCCAGACCCUAACCCUCGAGCAGAAGGAUGCCAACGCCAAGGACUUGGGCCUCAAUGGACAGUCAUUCAGCAUCGAGCCAGCCCAACAUCGUGCAAUUACACCCCCGCCUGUCGCUCCGGCAGCUCGAGCUCCCGAAGCAAGCGGCCCAGCGUCCAAGAAGCCCCGCUUCGACUCCGAUGCCGACCCGACCCCUUCGGAAAUUAGCAUCCCGUGGCCGGAGCGGGAGUCGACUUUGCGUGAGUCUGCCACUCCCAUUCUCAACUGCACCUCAUCUGACCAAAUCUCAGUUCUCCGAGUGAUGCCUGAUGACAACAGCUGUCUCUUUACCGCAUUUGGAGGGGCUAUCCCAGGCAAGCAGAUGGAAGCCAAGGAGCUCCGCAAGAUGGUGGCAGAUUACAUACGCCAGCACCCAGACGAUUACCCUGAGGCUGUCCUCGACAUGCCGGUAGAGAAGUACAUCCGCACCAUCCAGGAUCCCGAACGCUGGGGCGGCGCCAUUGAGCUGGGCAUCUUCUCGGACCUCUUCGACCUUGAAGUCGUCGCCUUUGACGUCAAGUCCCAGAACCCGCUCCGCUUCGGCGAGAACAAGGACUCGCGCUGCAUCCUCGUCUACUCGGGCAUCCACUACGACCGCAUCGCCUGCAGCCCCUCUGAGCCGCCCUACACUCACUCCGACCUCCCGCCCGAGCUCGACCGCACGAACUGGAGCACCUCUGACGACGAGAUCCUCAACAAGACGCGCGAGCUCAUUCGCAAGCUGCACGAGAUGCACUACUUCACGGAUACCACUGAGUUCCUGCUGCGGUGCACCGUGCAUGGAUGCGACUGGUUGGGCAACGGCCAAAAGGAAGCAAACAAGCACGCCAAGGCGACGGGACACAUGGGAUUCAGCGAGAUCAAAGACGAACCGGCGGGUACUUUGGGCGGACCUCCGGGUGCCGCCGCUACCUUUGGUGAUAAUGCGCUGCGCAAGUGUGAUGCUCCUGGGUGUGAAUGGCUGGGUAGUGGUACGGUCGAGGCCAGGAUUCACGGGAGCGAGACGGGACACACAUCCAUGACUGAGAUCCCAGACUUUUGA